GUGACGAGUCAAGUUCGCACAGUGCCAGCGGCAAGUGGCGAAUACUUGCAGGAGUCGGCGUUGUCUCAACAUCGGUCGUGCUCUACAUCCGGUUUCAUCAUCUACUUUCGGUUGCCAGCCUUCGCAGGAACCAUGAUUUCAUCACCGCCAUGGUGGAGCAAAAUCCGGUUCUAGCGCCGCUUUGCUACAUCGGCGUCCUUGUAGCCGUGAUUGGGAUAACCUGUCCAGGUGCGACUAUGUUGAGCUUUCUCGGAGGAGUCCUGUUCAAACAGCCCUACGCCAGCAUGUACGCGUACUGCGGCUACAUAGUGGGUGCGACCAUCUCCUAUUUCGUCACCACUUUUGUGUUGGGAGAUUACAUGAGGAAGCGCCUGGCUGCCAACUCGCAGUUGUACCAGAAGUUCGAGGCCAACGUGCGUCGGAAUGCAUUUGCCUACCUUGUUGCCGCUCGAUACACUAUGGUCUUCCCCUUUUUCUUCGUGAAUGGGGCGGCUGCUUUGGUCGGAGUUCGAUGCAGGACCUUCAUUGCUGCUACCUCUGUAAGCUGCAUUCCUGGAUCGGUCAUCUACACAACCGCAGGCGGAGCGCUUGCGAAUUUGUUGCACAAGAUGACCGACGACGAGGAGCUAGACAAGACGCAGCUUAUUUGGGCAGCGCUGAGCGACCCGAAUGUCAAAAUUUGUAUGGCGGGCGUCACCUGCGCCCUCAUCGUUGUGGCCAUUAUCCAACUCACACAGUCUGAUGCAGAGAAGACUAAGGGUGAGUAA